GGUCUUUAAGUCAAAAUGGUAAAAAAUAUAGGGGUUCCUAACCUGAUUUCCCAUUUUCAUCAUCGAUGCUGCUUGAUCUUUAAACUGCUUUCAUUUAUUGCAGAUAACCAUAAUACAUUGACAGUUGCUAGCUUAUGGGCUCCUGUGGUGGCUAUCUAUCUUUUAGAUAUCCAUGUGUUUUACACUAUAAUAUCUGCUGUUUGGGGCUUCUUGCUUGGGGCAAGAGAUCGUCUUGGGGAGAUUAGGUCGUUGGAAGCCCUUCACACUCUUUUUGAGCAGUUUCCUGGAGCUUUUGUGGACACUCUUCAUGUUCCCCUUCCUAACAGGACUCGUCGUUCUUCUUACAGUCAGGAUGUGGAGAAGAACAAGGUUGAUGCUGCUCGAUUUGCUCCAUUUUGGAAUGAGAUCAUAAAGAAUUUAAGGGAAGAAGAUUAUAUUACUAACUUGGAAAUGGAGUUGCUUCUCAUGCCAAAGUAUUUUGGAAAUCUCCCCUUGGUUCAGUGGCCCCUUUUUCUCCUUGCUAGCAAGAUAUUUCUGGCUAAAGAUAUUGCCGUAGAGAGUACUCAGAGUAGAGAUUCACAUGAUGAGCUCUGGGAAAGGAUCUCAAGGGAUGACUAUAUGAAGUAUGCUGUCCAGGAGUGCUACCAUGUGAUUAAGCUUAUCCUGAUCAAAAUAUUGGAUGAUGAAGGAAGAAUGUGGGUCGAAAGGAUAUAUGAAGAUAUUAAUGUGAGUAUCGAGAGGAAAAGUAUUCAUGUCGACUUUGAUCUCAGUAAGCUGCCGCUUGUGAUUUCAAGAGUCACUGCAUUAAUGGGACUUCUGAAAGAGGUGGAAACUCCAGAGUAUGAAAACGGUGCUGUUAAAGCUGUUCAAGAUCUCUACGAUGUUGUGAGACAUGAUGUUCUUUCUACUAACAUGAGGGAUUCCUACGAAACCUGGAAUGCAUUGUCAAAAGCAAGGAUUGAGGGUCGUCUUUUUGCAAAGCUGAAAUGGCCCAAAGAUGCUGAGCUGAAAGCUCAAGUCAAAAGAUUGUUUUCGUUGUUGACUAUCAAAGAUUCAGCCUCAAAUGUUCCCAGAAAUCUUGAGGCCCAGCGUAGGCUGGAGUUCUUCACUAAUUCCCUUUUCAUGGAGAUGCCGGUAGCCAAGCCAGUACGUGAGAUGUUAUCAUUCAGUGUGUUCACUCCAUAUUAUUCUGAGACAGUACUUUAUAGUAAGGCUGAACUCCAAGAGAAAAAUGAGGAUGGGAUAUCACUUUUAUUUUACCUUCAGAAAAUAUAUCCAGAUGAGUGGAAGAACUUUCUUGCCCGAAUUGGUCGUGAUGAGAAUACGCCUGACUCUGAACUUCUGAGGAAUCUUAAUGAUACCCUUGAACUUCGGUUUUGGGUCUCGUACAGGGGACAAACAUUGGCUAGAACUGUUCGUGGGAUGAUGUACUAUAGAAAAGCUCUUAUGCUCCAGACUUAUUUAGAGAGGAUAACUUCUGAAGAUUUGGAGGCUGCAGUUUCUAGUAAUGAUGCAACUGACACUCGAGGUUUCGAACUAUCUCCUGAAGCGCGGGCUCAGGCAGAUCUUAAGUUUACAUAUGUGGUUACAUGUCAAAUAUAUGGAAAACAGAAAGAGGAACAAAAACCUGAGGCUGCUGAUAUUGCAUUGCUUAUGCAGAGAAAUGAAGCUCUUCGAGUUGCUUUUAUUGAUGAAGUUGAAAAUUUAAAGGAUGGUAUAUCGCACAAGGAAUUCUACUCAAAGCUUGUGAAAGCUGAUAUCAACGGGAAAGAUAAGGAAAUAUACUCCAUAAAAUUGCCUGGAAAUCCAAAGCUUGGUGAAGGAAUACCUGAGAACCAAAACCAUGCAAUCAUAUUCACUCGUGGAAAUGCAGUUCAGACAAUUGAUAUGAAUCAGGAUAAUUAUUUUGAGGAAGCCUUGAAGAUGAGAAACCUUCUUGAAGAAUUCCAUCGUCAUCAUGGUAUUCGUUUUCCCACCAUACUUGGUGUCAGGGAACAUGUAUUCACUGGAAGUGUCUCUUCUUUAGCCUCAUUUAUGUCCAAUCAAGAAAGUAGCUUUGUGACUCUGGGUCAGCGUGUUUUGGCAAAUCCUUUAAAGGUCCGUAUGCAUUAUGGCCAUCCAGAUGUUUUUGACAGAGUUUUUCACAUAACCAGGGGUGGUAUUAGCAAGGCCUCGCGUGUUAUCAAUAUUAGUGAAGAUAUCUAUUCAGGAUUCAAUUCAACUUUACGUCAAGGAAAUAUUACUCAUCAUGAGUACAUCCAGGUAGGAAAAGGACGAGAUGUCGGGCUCAAUCAGAUCGCCUUAUUUGAAGGAAAGGUUGCUGGUGGUAAUGGUGAACAAGUUCUUAGUCGGGAUGUAUACAGACUUGGGCAGCUCCUUGAUUUCUUUAGGAUGAUGUCAUUCUACUUUACCACUGUUGGAUUCUACUUUUGUACAAUGUUAACGGUGCUGACUGUAUACAUUUUCCUAUACGGGAAGGCAUAUUUGGCGCUAUCUGGAGUUGGUGAAGUCAUUCAAGUGCAAGCUCAGAUAAUGAAGAACACUGCGUUGAGUGCUGCUUUAAAUACACAGUUCCUCUUUCAAAUUGGUAUUUUCACUGCUGUGCCAAUGGUUUUGGGCUUCAUCUUGGAACAGGGUUUCUUCAGGGCCAUUGUCAGUUUUGUCACAAUGCAGUUUCAGCUUUGUACCGUCUUCUUCACAUUUUCUCUCGGCACAAGAACUCAUUACUUUGGUCGGACGAUUCUUCAUGGUGGUGCAAGGUAUCAAGCAACUGGUCGGGGAUUUGUUGUCCGCCAUAUUAAAUUCUCUGAGAAUUACAGGAUUUACUCCCGCAGUCAUUUUGUGAAAGGAUUCGAAGUUGUGCUUUUGUUGAUAGUGUACCUGGCAUAUGGAUAUAAUGAAGGUGGUGCACUGUCGUACCUUCUUCUUACAAUUAGCAGUUGGUUUAUGGCUCUUUCUUGGCUUUUUGCUCCCUAUUUGUUCAAUCCAUCUGGGUUUGAGUGGCAGAAGGUUGUGGAGGAUUUCAAAGAUUGGACUAAUUGGCUUCUUUACAGAGGUGGAAUUGGGGUGAAGGGUGCGGAAAGUUGGGAAGCUUGGUGGGAUGAAGAACUGGCACAUAUUCGAACAUUGGGAGGGAGGAUAGCCGAAACUAUUUUGAGUCUAAGAUUUUUCAUCUUCCAGUAUGGCAUUGUCUACAAGCUGCAUGUGCAAGGAGAGAAUACAUCAUUGACGGUGUAUGGCCUGUCAUGGAUGGUGCUAGCUGUGCUUAUAAUUCUUUUCAAGGUUUUCACCUUCAGCCAGAAGAUGUCAGUCAAUUUCCAGCUUUUGUUGCGCUUCAUCCAAGGCCUCUCCUUUUUGGUGGCACUUGCUGGUCUAGUAAUUGCAGUUGUAUUAACUAAUUUGUCAUUGCCGGAUGUAUUUGCUUGCAUAUUAGCAUUUGUACCCACUGGAUGGGGAAUCCUUUCGAUUGCUGCCGCUUGGAAGCCUUACGUGAAAAAGCUGGGAUUGUGGAAAUCAAUCCGUUCACUUGGGCGUUUAUAUGAUGCCGGGAUGGGGAUGCUCAUUUUCAUUCCUGUUGCAUUCGUUUCAUGGUUCCCGUUUGUAUCAACUUUCCAAACCCGCCUCAUGUUUAACCAGGCUUUCAGCCGGGGGUUGGAAAUUUCUCUAAUUCUCGCCGGAAACAACCCCAACAGUUAGCUAUGAUGAGUACAUUUAGCCCUGUACAUUUUAUUGUGAAAGAGAGACGUUCCACCUCAAUGUUACUUGCCACCUCCAGAGGCAGCGUGAUUUUUUUUCUGUGAUGUAGCAAUCCCCUGUAUGCCUAUUUGAUAAAAAGCGUUGUGAGUAGAUAUGUUUUGUUGAUUGGUACUAUAUAUAAGAUCAUUUUUGGUCAUAUAAAAAGAUAUAUUUUGUUAUUUUUAA